AAGCAGAGUAUCUUUAUACGUCUUAAUACGAGUCUGGAGAGGAUUUUUAACUUUCCCCUCAACCCCGUAGCUAAGUUCAGCUUCAUACAUGGGGGGCGUGUUUCCCUCCGGAGUCGUCCUCAUUACGUUAGCUUCUUCAUCUUCAUCACCAGCCUGCGAAAAGACAACAGGGAAAGAUGGCGGCCGGUUCUGGAGCCCGCAGCUCCAACGCUGCUCUGGAAGCGUCUUUGGACCGGCGGUUUCAAGGAAUAUCCAACACUAUGGAGUCAAUACAGGGACUUUCAGGCUGGUGCAUUGAAAACAAAAAGCACCACGGCCUUAUCGUUCGCUACUGGAUGAAGUGGCUCAAGAAAUCUGACAACAAUCAUUGCUUGAAUCUUUUCUACCUUGCCAAUGAUGUGAUACAGAACUGCAAAAGAAAGAACGCCAUUGCCUUUCGUUCAUCCUUCGCAGAGGUCUUGCCGAACGCCGCUCAGCUCAUCAAAGACGGAAAGGUCCGUAAGUCGGUAGAAAGGAUCUUUACGAUUUGGGAGGAGCGCAGUGUGUAUCCCGAGGAGCUCAUCGCCCAGUUUAAAACCAACCUGAACAAAAAGGAAAAAGAGCGAGAGAAGCAGAAGGAAAAGGAAAAGGAAAAAGAAAAGGAGAAAGAAAAAGACAAAGAGGCUCCACCUGCAAAAGCACCAGCCAACACGAAAGCUGCCCUCAAGUCCAAGAUUGUAGCUGAGUUCACACCCCACUCCCUCAUUGAACAGUUGUCCAGAUAUAAGCGAGCAGUUGCAGAGGAAGAGUUGAGGGAGAAGCAGCUGGCGACUCUCAGAGUGGAUGUCUGCAGCACAGAGGCCCUCAAGAGGCUCAAAGACAAAGCAGGAGGGAACAAGUUUGCGAAGGACUUUGAAGAUGGCAGUCUGAAGCUGCAGGAGUUCGUCAGCUUCCUGGAGAAAGAGUUAAAAACAGGGCCUCCUCUGGUGGAAGCGUUGGGAAACGCAGACAUUUUCUACGAGAUGCAGUACAAGGAGGUCAAGAUCGUGGCCAAUGCGUACAACGCCUUCGCCAACCGUGUGGCCAGUCUUAAAAGAAAACUGGAUUCCCUCAAGUCCACUCUACCUGGACCUGAAGAUUCUCCUGUCCCCUCGCCCUCUGAAGACGCCCCCUCCCCCACAGGCUCUGACUCACCCUUUUUGGGACUAGGGGCCAGCAGAGCCCAGGUGGAUCCAGAGCUGGAUGGAAAGGCCAUGGAUGAAGGAGAAGUACCUUGUGACAACCGAGACAUGGAAGACAUGGACGUGUCUGAUGAAGAAGACGCUGUCUCAGCAGGGGCAGAUGACAAGAAAGACAAGGCGUCCCUUGCUGUUGCCAAGACGACAAAGUUGGAUGCCGUGUCGAAGCUUCCAACCACACCUACGAAAGCUUCUAAGACUAAUGCUACUACUGCUGCUGCCACAAGCCCAGUGACUCCCACCUCGACCACUGCUCAGAAUACUGCAGCCAACCCUCUGGGAGUCAAUCUGGCGAAGGUGGACCUGGGAAAGAUCAGCUCCAUUCUCAGUUCACUCACAUCUGCCAUGAAGAGUACAGCAGCUAGUUCGUCACCUCGACCGUCUCCGGGAACACCCACCACCCCGUCUGGCCAAUCAGCAGCCUCCAAAGCGACUCCUCCGAGCCCCGCCCUGGCCAGCAUCCUGUCACGUGUUGACAUCACACCUGAAGGCAUACUCAAUGCUUUGUCUAAAACAAACACACCAGGUUUGUCCUCUCUCCUGCAAAGUGUGACAAACACCACCCCCACUCCUCCCACCCGCACCUCCCCAGAAUCAUCAACAGUCAAAACCCCACUCACCCCAACCACCCCAAAAACAAAACCCGCACUGGGGAACAGCCUCAAACGAGACACACCUGAGAGAACCAGAGACUGGGAGAAAGAGAGACAGCUGUCCCCUCCUCCUCCCCCUCCUCGUCCCUCAGCUCUGUCUGCCUCUCCCCCCAGCCUAGAAUCCAAAAUCAACAGUUUCUUGCAGGGUAAUCCAGGUUUUAGUCUGGCUCUAGGUGAUGUCAGUCCAGACGGCGUGGAUGGGACCCCAGUGAGAGAUGAGGCUGCUGGCACCCCCACCCAGGAUGAGAUCAUGGACACACCCGGGAGUGUGCCAGAGUCUCUAGGGUCAUCCGGAGGUCAUAAUCUCUCACCCACGGCGUACCGCAGCGAACCCUGGGAUGCUGUGAUCACCCCGUCAGGAAGCAACAACGACGGAGACUUUGCGGGUUCCUCCUUCUCCCGAUACGGAGCUGGGAAAAGGAGCGGCACGAAGUUAAAGGACGAUGAAGCGAUGAGGAAGCAGGCUGCUGUCGCCUCUUCCCCUAAUAAUGAGAUGAUGAAGGGUAAGAAAGAUGGACAACACAGCCAGCUGAAGAUGAUGGGAAACACCAGAGUGAUGGGAGAAAGGAGACCAUCUGCAGGCUCUCGUAAGGCGAGCACCGGCUCAGAUGAUGGCGGUCUGAGCGGAAAAAGAGAGGACAAGGGGAAAAGUCAUGAGUCGCCAGGUGGGGAUGGGAAGGACGGCCAGUAUCAUCGUAUUGAGACACUAGUGUCGCCCUGCACCGAAGGGGCACCCAUCCAAACUCUGGGCUACUCAAACCGGCCACUUGCAGGAGAGCGCAUCAAGACAGUAGAGAGCAUCCGCGUGAUUGGCCGAGGCUCUCGGCGAGGGGGAGGGGGCGGCAGUCGGCCAGGCGGCGCGAUGUGGUAUGAAGAGGAGGAAUACAUGGAACCCCAGCCUCCCUCACCGCAUUCUGUCCCCCCUCCUCUUAACACUGAGGACAUGACCCCCUCCAUGCCUCCUCCUCCCCCCCAUCUCCUCCUUCCACAUCUUCACCCUCCUCCGUCCCAUCCUCACUCGCAUCCGCCUCCCCCCCAAGCGCCGUUCCAAAUGCCUUACCACACAGAGAACAUGCAGACUCCUCCUCCAUCACACCUCCACCAGCAUCCUCCCCCUACAUCCCCUUUCUUCAGCACCCCUCCGCCAAUCCCUCGACCCCCUCCGCCUCCCGUAUCGCAGCGCCCUUCCCCUCCACCCACACUCUCCGCUGUGCCCUCAGCGGUCAUGGUUGGGGGAGUAUUGGUCCCCGUUGACCGUCCCCUAUCUCUUCCUCCCCCAGUCAGACCUGAAGGUGCAGAGCGAGGGGGAAUGGGGCCUAGAGGAAACAAAGUGACCCCUCCUCCCCUCAUGUCGUCGUUGUUAGGCGAGCCUCCUAAGCUUCCCCGUCCCGGCACAGUUAAAGAGCCUUUUGUCCCCCGCCACGCACCCCCACUCCACCGCCCAGGCACCCCCGGUGUUCCUCCACCCUUACUGGGCAGAGUGAAGGAGCCUCUGAAUCUACCUCUUCCAUCCCCGUCUCCCACAUCCUCCACACCCUCCCCCUCCACUCCCAACUCCCCCGCAGCCGACACCAUGCCUGCUCGCCCUCUCGCUCAGUCCGGUGCCCCUUCUCUCCAGAAACCCCCCGCCAGUCCUCCAGCUCAGCCCCGCAACCAAACCUCUAACCCUGUCCCCCUCCUGAACCUACCUAGCCCUCGCCCCCCCAUCCUCUCAGUCCCCAUCCCGCAGAGACCUCUGCUGCGAGGCCGAACCCCCUCUCAGCAGUUUAACAAAGAUCUCCCCGUAGGGGGGUUUCGCGGCGGCAAGCGACCCGGUCCUCCAUUCACAGGCGGUCCCUUCCAUGCGCAGAAGAGACCCUUCCUACCCCCGCGCUACUGAAGUGGUCAUCUACGACAUGCUGAAUGAGAAGCGCAAGCCACACAUCUAGCUAAACCCAGCGCAGUGUGUGUGUUAGCCCUGCUGGUAUGAGCCUAGAUAUCUUUUACUCUGUUAAUUAGCUUGAAUUAAAACUACCUUCAGUUGUGUGUAAAUAGCUGAUUAAAUCAUGCUUCAAGCCAGCCAGUCAUCUUACACUGUACAGUACAGUAAGAAGUUAUCAGUUACAUAGUGCAGAGUGUCAUGUAACCCUAAAUCUACCCUUAUUUUUCCCAUCCUUCCAUACACAGGAGAUAAGUUUCAUUAGGAGUCACAUAACCAUUGGUAGAAAACACAGAUAGUAAACACAGAAUAGAAACUACACAUCUGGUCAUCUUGUUUUAAUCCCUUACAGUUUUCCUACUUGUGUGAAUUCUUGGGUUACAUUUCCUGAGAGAGAGAGAGAGCAGGAGAGCAAAAGAGAAGGUAUGGGUCUCAUGGGGGGUACAGAGGAAAGAAAAUGGAUGUGUGUGCUGUGUGUCUUAAAAAAAGGUAUUUCUCAUUUUGAAGUGAUGAGAUUUGUGUUGCAGCUGAGUUUAACACUUGUUCUUCUUUCCAGAGUACCUGUUGUAAAUAAUAUUCCUCUCUUGCUAAGACCUUUUCUCUCACCCAUCUGUCCCUCCCACUGUAUAUUUCUAAGCUUGUAAAUAUAAAGACUUGACUGACAGCUUUUUUCUUCUUCAAACUCUUCUUUCUGUAAAAAAAAAAAAAAAAAAAAAAAAAGAGGACAAUGAAGGUCACUCACGCACCCCCCCGUCUUUACUGUGAUUGAGGCCUUGGAUAAGCUUUUUAGCUCCAGAAGAAUAUUCGCUGCAGUAUCUAUUGCAACCUUUCUGUCCUCCUUUUCGAAAAACCACCAGACAGAAGAGGAGAGUGAAGAUUAAUUAUGUAUUUUUAUUUCAAACAUAAAUGUCUGCCUGUGCGCGCUUCAAGUUAGACUGAGUCAUGAAGACCCUCAGUAGUGGAUAGCGGGCGGCGGUGUGAAGGGAGGGGAGGGGGGGUUUGAACCACACUCAUGCUAGGCUUCAACAUGUACUGACUUGAAUAAAAUCCAGAGUUUCAAUUCAACUGGGGCGGGGGGGGUAUUUUAUUUGGUCAAUAUUUACCACUUGAAUUGCGCUGUUUAGUUUAUGUGCGCUAAACCACAGCUAAACCUUUUUCUUGCCAUGUUUUCAGAGAAAUUGUUGUCAUUUACCUGCACAGCUGCUGCCAUUUUCCAUAAUGCAUUAACACCUCUUAUGUUUUUUGCGCUGUAUUUUUCUACUAGACAGAAUUGGCGUAUUUUUUUCCAUUUGCAGCAGCACCCACAGAUGGCAUCAGAGGGUGAAAGGAUUUGAGCUAAUUAGGAUUGUUUUUGAAAAUGGUUCAUUUAAAAUACUCCAGUUGUUUUGGCCCCUUCCUCUCCUUUUGUUUCUUUUGCUAAUUUUCAUGCUUUUGCCCUCAAGCCCCUGUGCUUACCUUGUACUCACAUGGUUUUGUCCGAAAACACUUCUGCACCUCUCAACAAUCGUGGGGGUUACAAAAAGGUCAGCUCAUUGGCAAUAAUCCUCCCUCCUCUGCAGGAAUUGCAGAGGUCUUAUACUCAGAUGACGUGUACCCGCAUAGCGAGAGGUGCAUGUCAAGUGUUGCCGCUCAAAGCCUCGUGUGUCUCCUGUGUUUAUCUGAUCAUGGAGUGUGUGUCGUCUUCUGUGUUCAUUUACAAGUUGACUUGGGGGGGAGAAAAAAAAGCAGUUAAAAGACACAAUGAGCACUUGCAAACGUUCCUGCAUAACGUUAGUGAAUAGAUACUUACAUUGUCAAAAUGUAACAACAAAUAUCACAUUUCUCACUUUCAUCAGAGUCAUGAUGUGUUACUGAAUGUUAUACAAGCCUGUUACUGUCUGUAAAUGGUGUCUGUCAUCUCGGCAAUCACUCACUGGAUCACAUUUGUUUGAAAGAGAAGAGCGAGAAAGCUAGAAUCAAUUGUUAUAGACAGCUUACUCAUCACCUGCCGAGUUUAACAUUAGAGUUGUUUUUAUAUAUUGACCUCACGACAAGUUUGUUUGACAAAUUGAGUUUGAAAAUGACUGAAGAUGUGACAAAGCUGAUGGUCUGUGUGUAUCUGACAAGUUUAACUGCUAUUGCUGUUCUCAUCAAUGAUGCUAUAUCACUGGU